AUCAUGGGGCCGGGUGAGCGCUGACAGUCGCGGCCGCAGCCAUCAGCCCUGGAGAUGACCAGGAGCGGCCACUGCUGAGAACUAUGUGGAGAGAGGCUGCGAGCCCUGCUGCAGAGCCUCCGGCUGGGAUAGCCGCCCCCUGUGGGGGCGAUGCGGACAGCGCGGGACAGCCAGGGGAGCGCGCGGGGGCCGCAGCAUGCGGGAACCCGCUAAACCCGGUGGCUGCUGAGGCGGCCGAGAUGUUCGUGCGCGCAGCGCGCCCCACUGCAUCCUCGACCUUCUCGGGCUACAGGGACCGUAAGUGGCGACUAUGGGCAGACCGGGCUACUGGACACUGCUGGUGCUGCAGACCCUUCUGGUCUGGCGCGGUCCGGCGCCGGGCGCGGCGGCGGAGAAGGGUCCCCCCGCGCUGAACAUUGCUGUGCUGCUGGGUCACAGCCACGACAUGACAGAGCGCGAACUUCGAACCUUGUGGGGCCCGGAGCAGGGGGCGGGGCUGCCCCUGGACGUGAACGUGGUAGCGCUGCUGAUGAACCGCACCGACCCCAAGAGUCUCAUCACGCAUGUGUGCGACCUCAUGUCCGGAGCGCGCAUCCACGGCCUCGUGUUUGGGGACGACACAGACCAGGAGGCCGUGGCCCAGAUGCUGGAUUUUAUCUCCUCACAGACUUUCGUCCCCAUCUUGGGCAUCCACGGGGGCGCAUCUAUGAUCAUGGCUGACAAGGAUCCGACGUCUACCUUCUUCCAGUUUGGAGCGUCCAUCCAGCAACAAGCCACGGUCAUGCUGAAGAUCAUGCAGGAUUAUGACUGGCAUGUCUUCUCCCUGGUGACCACCAUCUUCCCUGGCUACAGGGAAUUCAUCAGCUUCAUCAAGACCACAGUGGACAACAGCUUUGUGGGCUGGGACAUGCAGAACGUGAUCACCCUGGACACGUCCUUUGAGGAUGCAAAGACGCAAGUCCAGCUGAAGAAGAUCCACUCUUCUGUCAUCUUGCUGUACUGUUCCAAAGACGAGGCUGUCCUCAUCCUGAGCGAGGCCCGCUCCCUCGGCCUCACCGGGUAUGAUUUCUUUUGGAUCAUCCCCAGCUUGGUCUCUGGGAACACGGAGCUCAUCCCCAAAGAGUUUCCAUCAGGACUCAUUUCAGUCUCCUAUGAUGACUGGGACUACACCCUGGAGGCCAGAGUGAGGGACGGGAUUGGCAUUCUCACCACUGCCGCGUCUUCCAUGUUGGAGAAGUUCUCCUACAUCCCCGAGGCCAAGGCCAGCUGCUACGGGCAAGCGGAGAAGCCAGAGGUCCCCAUCCACACUUUGCACCAAUUUAUGGUGAACGUGACAUGGGAUGGCAAAGACCUAUCCUUCACCGAGGAAGGCUACCAGGUGCACCCCAGGCUGGUGGUGAUUGUGCUGAACAAGGACCGCGAGUGGGAAAAGGUGGGCAAGUGGGAGAACCAGACCCUUAGCCUGCGGCACGCUGUGUGGCCCAGGUACAAGUCCUUCUCUGACUGUGAGCCGGAUGACAACCAUCUGAGCAUCGUCACGCUGGAGGAGGCCCCGUUUGUCAUCGUGGAAGACAUAGACCCGCUGACUGAGACGUGUGUGCGGAACACGGUGCCAUGUCGGAAGUUCGUCAAAAUCAACAAUUCAACCAAUGAGGGGAUGAAUGUUAAAAAAUGCUGCAAAGGGUUCUGCAUUGAUAUUCUAAAGAAGCUUUCCAGGACUGUGAAGUUUACGUACGACCUGUACUUGGUGACUAACGGGAAGCAUGGCAAAAAAGUUAACAAUGUGUGGAAUGGAAUGAUUGGAGAAGUGGUCUAUCAACGGGCAGUAAUGGCAGUGGGCUCACUCACCAUCAACGAGGAACGUUCUGAAGUGGUGGACUUCUCCGUGCCCUUUGUAGAGACGGGGAUCAGCGUCAUGGUUUCGAGAAGCAAUGGCACUGUCUCACCUUCUGCUUUUCUAGAGCCCUUCAGCGCCUCCGUCUGGGUGAUGAUGUUCGUGAUGCUGCUCAUUGUUUCUGCCAUAGCUGUUUUUGUCUUCGAAUACUUCAGUCCUGUUGGGUACAACAGAAAUUUAGCCAAAGGGAAAGCACCCCAUGGGCCUUCUUUUACGAUUGGAAAAGCUAUAUGGCUCCUCUGGGGCCUGGUGUUCAACAACUCCGUGCCUGUCCAGAAUCCUAAAGGAACCACCAGCAAGAUCAUGGUGUCCGUGUGGGCUUUCUUUGCCGUCAUCUUCCUGGCCAGCUACACGGCCAACCUGGCUGCUUUCAUGAUCCAGGAGGAAUUUGUGGAUCAAGUGACUGGCCUCAGUGACAAAAAGUUUCAGAGACCUCAUGACUAUUCCCCACCUUUUCGAUUCGGGACGGUGCCUAACGGAAGCACAGAGAGGAACAUUCGGAAUAACUACCCCUACAUGCAUCAGUACAUGACCAAAUUUAAUCAGAAGGGAGUAGAGGACGCAUUGGUCAGCUUGAAAACAGGGAAGCUCGACGCUUUCAUCUAUGAUGCGGCGGUCUUGAAUUACAAGGCUGGGAGGGACGAAGGCUGCAAGCUGGUGACCAUCGGGAGUGGGUACAUCUUUGCCACGACUGGUUAUGGAAUUGCCCUCCAGAAGGGGUCUCCUUGGAAGAGGCCGAUUGACCUGGCCCUGCUUCAGUUUGUGGGUGAUGGUGAGAUGGAGGAGCUGGAGACACUGUGGCUCACGGGGAUCUGCCACAAUGAGAAGAACGAGGUGAUGAGCAGUCAGCUGGAUGUGGACAACAUGGCGGGCGUGUUCUACAUGCUGGCUGCCGCCAUGGCGCUCAGCCUCAUCACCUUCAUCUGGGAGCACCUCUUCUACUGGAAGCUGCGCUUCUGUUUCACGGGCGUUUGCUCCGAUCGGCCAGGGUUGCUCUUCUCCAUCAGCAGGGGCAUCUACAGCUGCAUUCACGGAGUACACAUUGAAGAAAAGAAGUCUCCGGACUUCAAUCUGACGGGAUCCCAGAGCAACAUGUUAAAACUCCUUCGAUCGGCCAAAAACAUUUCCAACGUAUCCAACGUGAACUCCUCAAGAAUUGAUUCACCCAAAAGAUCUGCCGACUUCAUCCAAAGAGGUUCCCUCACUGUGGACAUGGUGUCAGAUAAGGGGAAUUUGAUAUACUCGGACAACAGGUCCUUUCAGGGGAAAGACAGCAUUUUUGGGGACAACAUGAAUGAACUCCAAACGUUUGUGGCCAACAGGCAUAAGGACACCCUCAAUAACUAUGUGUUCCAGGGACAACACCCUCUUACUCUCAAUGAGUCCAACCCGAACACGGUGGAGGUGGCCGUGAGCACAGAAUCCAAAGGAAACUCCAGGUCCCGGCAGCUUUGGAAGAAAUCCAUGGAUUCCAUCCGCCAGGAUUCCCUGACCCAGAAUCCAGUCUCCCAGAGGGAUGAAGGUACCAUGGAGAAUAGGACCCACUCCCUGAAGAGCCCUAGGUACCUUCCAGAAGAGGUGGCCCACUCGGACAUUUCAGAAACUUCGAGUCGGGCCACGUGCCACAGGGAGCCUGACAACAAUAAGAACCACAAAACCAAGGACAACUUCAAAAGGUCAAUGGCCUCCAAAUACCCCAAGGACUGUAGCGAGGUCGAACGCACCUACCUGAAAACCAAAGCGAGCUCCCCCAGAGACAAGAUCUACACCAUCGAUGGUGAGGAGCCCAGUUUCCACUUGGAUCCUCCCCAGUUCGUUGAAAACAUGACCCUGCCUGAGAACGUGGACUUCCCAGACCCCUACCAGGAUCACAAUAAAAACUUUCACAAGGGGGACUCCACGCUGCCAACGAACAGGAACCCCCUGCACAAUGGCGAUGGGGUUCCCAACAACGACCAGUAUAAACUCUACUCCAAGCACUUCACCCUGAAAGACAAGGGUUCCCCUCUCAGCGAGGGCAGCGACCGAUACCGGCAGAACUCCACGCACUGCAGAAGCUGCCUUUCCAACCUGCCCACCUACUCGGGCCAUUUCACCAUGAGGUCCCCCUUCAAGUGCGACGCCUGCCUGCGCAUGGGGAACCUCUACGACAUCGAUGAAGACCAGAUGCUUCAGGAGACAGGUAACCCAGCCACCCGGGAGUCCGACCAGCAGGACUGGGCGCAGAACAAUACCCUUCAAUUCCAAAAGAACAAGCUAAGGAUUAGCCGUCAGCAUUCCUACGAUAACAUUCUGGACAAACCUAGGGAGACAGACCCUAGCAGGCCCUCCCGGAGCAUAAGCCUCAAGGACAGGGAACGGCUUCUGGAGGGAAAUUCGUAUGGGAGCCUGUUUAGUGUCCCCUCAAGCAAACUCUCGGGGAACAAAAGCUCCCUUUUCCCCCAAGGUCUGGAGGACAGCAAGAGGAGCAAGUCCCUCUUGCCAGACCACACCUCCAAUAACCCUUUCCUCCACUCCCACAGGCAUGACCAACGCUUAGUUAUUGGGAGAUGCCCCUCGGACCCUUACAAACACUCGUUGCCGUCCCAGGCAGUGAACGACAGCUAUCUUCAAUCAUCCUUGAGGUCAACGGCAUCAUACUGUUCCAGGGACAGUCGGGGCCACAGUGAUGUGUAUAUUUCGGAGCAUGUUAUGCCUUAUGCUGCAAAUAAGAAUAAUAUGUACUCUACCCCUAGGGUUUUAAAUUCCUGCAGCAAUAGACGCGUGUACAAGAAAAUGCCUAGUAUCGAAUCUGAUGUUUAGAAUCUUCCAUUCGUGUUUUAUCUAUAGGGAAACGUACGUAACGGCCAACCUUCUGGAGGGUAAAUGUCGGAUGUCCAAUAGUGCCCUGCUAAGAGCAAGAGGAUUUAGGGAGGUACUUUUUUUUGUUGACUCUUUUGCACAUGGCUCCAUGCCAUAUUCUUCCACUCAAGGAAUCUUGUGAGGUGUGUGCUGAGCAUGGCAGAUACCAGACAGGUGAGCCCUUAACCAAAAAUAAAUAAAUGAAUAAAUACAAAAGGGCAAGUCUCCGGGACGUGCCUACUAGGUAUGUUGGCAAUAACGAUGCGUUGGAUGCCAAUGGUGACGUUAUGAUUUCCUAUAUUCCAAAUUUCAUUCUGAUCAGUCCACCAUGUAAUUUCCUCAUCAGAAAUGCCUAACGGUUUCUCUAAUACAGAAUAAGCAAUAUGGUAUGCAUGUAAAUUCUGACACAGACAAAAUAAAGCAGUUAAGAAUGCAUCUGCGCUGUAGCGAGAUUGGCGUGUGCAAGAGAUUAGGAAGUUUGGCUUGUAACAGUUUCAGCUUUAUUGGUAUGCCUUCCAUCACAGCCCAGGCCCGACCCUGAGAACUCCAGGCUCCCCCCAAAGAAUAGCCAAUCAGUGUGUUCGUGGUAACUACGCUACCUGCAUUGUAGUCAUUUCCAAGACGCAUCUGGAGCAAAAGGCCCGAGGGACCCUCAGGCGGAGAGCUACGAGAAUCUCUUUGGAUGUUGGUUUCUGUGUGUCUCUCACCCUCGGCUUCGAUGGUCUUGUUCAGAGCUGCAUAAACUAACACGUGUCUGUCUUCGAUAUCUAAGUGUGGAUCUUCUGUCUAUGACACAGUGGCCAUUGUAGUUUAUCCCGAAGACUCCUAUGUACGUAAGUUUGCAUUUGCUCCCUUCUGGUGAUGACUCAGGGUUGUAUAGUAUCUGUUCCCCCUUUCCUCCCCGAGUAACCAUAACUCGUUCAGUUCCCGAGCACCCGUGGUGGUAUCUAAGUAGUCGUGUGUCUCUCUUCCCAGAGUUGUUAACGUGGUGACAUGCACCAACAGCCGUGUGUGUACUGUGAUCUCUAAGAAGUGCGAUGCCAUCUGUCUGCGGAAGGCUAGCACGGUUUCAGUUUUAUCUUCCUUAACAUCAUGAAAUUCUGUUGGACACUCAUUUCCGCCGUAACCUUCUCAAAUCUGAAGUCUCCAAAACAUGAGACACUCAUGCAUCUACCCUGAAUAUCCUCCAAACUUUGCAUAAACUUUAGUGAAACAAGUCAUUUCUCUCUUUUGAAAUAUUCUCUCCAGGGGAGGCAAAUUGCUUCACCAGCACCAACAGAAAUAUAUGGAAAAACUCCUCAAAGCAUUUGUCAUUUCUGAAUCACCUGCAUGAUUCCAUUCUUAUUCUACUCAAACCCAUAUAUAUAAGGUAGGAAAUAAUAAUCAUUUUUUUAAAAAAAAAAAGUUAGAGACAGAGAAGGGAAUAUUUUUGCACGGGGAACUUCUUAGCACAGUGCCUGCCACCAAAAAAAGUGACCUCAAAAACGUAGUUGUUAUAGUAUGAUACUUUAUCAGAUUAGGAUUUUCUAGUUUAAAAGUUAAAUACCAUAAA